AUGGCCGUGGUCCGAGCACGCGAUAUCCACGCGAAACAGGACAUCUGGGAGUACGGGUGCAACAGCGCGCCCAUCCUGAGGUUAGCAUCGGUCUCAACGCUUAACAUGUCGUAUCAGUACAUCGUACCUCCUGCUCACGACCCGGCAAUGGAGUACAAUACAGCAUUUGGGAUCAUGCCACAGGAUUCAUCAGCGCCAGAAGGCGACGGUCGAGACUCAGAGGGAUCUUACGACGAAACUCCGGGCUCGGCGCUGCGGCGAUCGUUCAGCACACCGAACACAACGCAAAUGCAACAACAAGGGGCAUCUGGCGCGCAAAUGUCAGCUGGCGGAACUGGGGAGAAGAAGAGAAACAAGCUCGGGUAUCACAGGACCUCGAUCGCCUGCAGUCACUGUCGUCGCCGAAAAAUUCGAUGUAUCACCUCUCCGGAGGUCCAGAACCGCUGCGUUAACUGCAUUCGCUUGAAAAAAGAAUGCAGUUUCUAUCCGGUUGACCAGCAGCCAGGAGGGGAGAGUCGUUCAAGAGGAGCUGUGCGUCAAACCGCUGGGUCCAGUGUGGCCUCGUCGACCUCGUCACCUGCAGUCGCGGGAGGAAGCCCCGGGGAGAUGGUUGGGAUGGUACAAGGCAACAAGGCACAGACAACCACAGACGACUACUUACCGCCGGAUGUUAAAGUACCGUCGAAUGGGCUGCCCCACGAUGGCCAUUACGGCUUCGGCGGCCAGCCGCCGGGGACAUGGGUGUCGCCAGACUCGAAUGGAGCUCCGAUGGUCAAGGCCGAGGGGCUUAACAUGGCCUGGGCCCCGUAUCCGGCAGAAUCCCCGUUGAGUGCGCAGUUCUCGCCAUUCGCGCAGUCAUCAGCUGCGCCCGGACCUUGGGCGCCGGGAACCUCUGAGGCAGGGUCACACGACGACAUGGCAUGGUCCGAAUUCUCACAACCGACUCGAUCCAUGUCGUAUAGCGGGGAGAGCACUGCAGGCCAGCAGCAGCCCCAGUAUCUGACCAUAGGCGACGGACAGCACUUCGAACGUCGUGCAUCUAACCUCACGGGCAUAUACGGACAGCCCUUCGGCCUACCCGCAGCGAACAUGGCCUCUGGCGGAAUUACAGGACUUGGUGACCAUGGAACAGUGUUAGCGGGCGCAGUUCCAUCGGAUGCGGAUUCGUGGCACCAGCAGAACGUCCUUGCCCAGGACCCAUCCCAGUUUCGGGGCUGGCAGUAUGGGAAAGACACGGGAAAUCAACAAGUGUGGCUGGACGAGCAGCGACAGCAAACGGCUGUCACCCAGGCGCCGACGGAUUCUUACUACUCCGCUUGA